CUCUUUAUUUCUUUGAUCACAGGUAACAUGCCUAUAUAUACCUGGGAGGUGUAGUUGCACUUGAGCUCAUAACUCAACAACUAAAGAAAUGGCAUCACCCCAGCUACGGCUACCAGGAGGCUUUGAGAGCUCUAGCUCUCUUAUGAGCAUCCUGGAGCUCACCAAAGAGUCAUUAACUGAAGUCCCACAAUGUUACGUCCGUAGUUUCGAAGAACCAGAACUUUCAUCUGAUCUCUCUGAUAAGCCCACCGUAAUCCCAACCAUCGAUAUGAUAAAACUAGUAACGGGAUCAGAAGCUUCGGAUUCUGAACUGGAAAAUCUGCGCUCAACUUGCACAGAGUGGGGAAUCUUUCAGUUGGUGAACCAUGGAGUUAGCCCUAUGCUUUUGGAGAAGCUGAAGUACGAGGUUGAAGAAUUCUUUAAGCUUCCCUUGGAAGAGAAAAUGAAGUAUCAGAUAAGACCUGGUGACGUUGAAGGCUAUGGAUCCAUAGCCUAUAAAGAGCAAAAACGUGACUGGGGUAAUAGAUUCUACAUGACCAUGAACCCUGUUCAUAGGAGAAAGCCAUACCUCUUCCCAGAGCUCCCUUCAUCCCUCAGGAAUACCUUCGAGUCAUACUACUUGGAACUGAAGCAACUAGCCAUGGAACUUAUUGGGUUUCUGGGGAAGGCUAUGAAGAUAGACAUAAAAGAGACUGAGGAGAUGUUUGAAGAUGGGAUGCAGUCAGUGAGGAUGAAUUACUAUCCUGCAUGCCCACAACCAGAGCUGGUCAUCGGCCUCACACCUCACUCGGACGCUUCCGGGAUCACCAUCCUCCACCAGCUUAACGGGGUGGGUGGUCUGCAGAUUAAGAAAGAUGGGGUUUGGGUUCCUGUCAACUUCCGUGAAGAUGCCUUUGUGGUUAAUGUAGGGGACAUCUUUGAGAUCCUGAGCAAUGGAGUGUACAAGAGCAUGGAGCACAGAGCUAUGGUGAACUCUGAGCAAGAGAGGAUCUCAAUCGCUAUGUUCUUCAACCCCAAAUUCGAGGCAGAAAUUGGACCAGUGACCAGCUUGAUAACCCCAGAAAACCCACCACUAUUCAAAAGGAUUGGGAUGGAACAGUACGUCCAAGAUUUCUACACCCGCCGUAAGCUCGACGGGAAAUCAUACUUGGACCAAAUGAGGCUCCAGAAUGGGAAUUGAGUAAUACUACUGCUGUACUGCAUGCUUAGUUCCACGAUAUAUCCAUAUAUAUAGUUUGCUUCACUACUUUCAAAUAAAGCGCUCCUUGUGUAUAAUAUCAACGCUGCAGUGUAAAAAUACCAGUCUUAAGACUUAUUAUGUAAUUUAUGUACGGUAUUGCAGUAUUUCUGUUUGAUGUAUAACUUAAUUAUUGUACGAAUAAUGUAUAUAUAUGCAUGUGUGUGUAUUGAUUUGCAA